AUGGUUAACGCUGUUAAGGUCUUCAAAAAGACUUCACCUAAUGGUAAGGUCACCGCGUAUCUAAGUCGGCGGGACUUCGUGGACCACGUCACCCACACCUCUCCUGUGGACGGUGUGGUGGUCGUGGACCAUGACUACCUGCGUGGAAGGAGAGUGUUCGCGCGCGUGGCGGUCACGUACCGCUACGGCCGCGAGGAGGAUGAGGUCAUGGGACUUCACUUCAGCAAGGAGCUCGAGCUCGUCAACACCGAAGUCGCUCCCCAAGCUGGAGACGUCCAGAUGACCGACGUCCAGGAACGACUCAUCAAGAAGCUGGGUGCCAACGCCUACCCCAUCACCGUGAACCUUCCAGAGAACGCCCCCUGUUCCGUCUCCCUCGACGGUGGGAGUGAGGGUUCUACCCAGCCUCUUGGUGUGAUCUACGAUCUCAAGCUGUACGUUGCUGACCGCAAGGAGGAACGUCCUCACAAGCGGAACUCCGUCGGCUUCGCUGUCCGAAAGGUCCAGUACGCCUGUCCUGGCUCCGGCAACCGCCAACCCCAGACCCUGGUCAGCAAGGGCUUCACUCUUUCCCCAGGAAGGCUCAACCUUGAGGUCACUCUGCCUCGCGACGUCUACUUCCACGGACAGCCCAUCGAGGCACAGCUUUCCGUCAACAAUGUGUCCAAGAAGACCGUGAAGAACAUCAAGGCUGAGGUUGUGCAGCAUGUGGAGGUCACCAUGACCAACACUCACUUCAGCCGAGUCGUGGCUUCACUCGAGUCUCGCGAAGGAUGUCCCAUCACCCCAGGAUGCAACCUCACCAGGACCUUCUCCCUCAACCCUGUUGCCUCCGUCAACAAGCGCCGCUUCGGCAUCGCCCUCGACGGCCAAAUCAAGGACCAGGACGCCAACCUGGCAUCCUCUACCUUGGUGGCAGAAGGCAAGAACGUCAACGACGCUUUGGGCAUCGUCGUGUCGUACUCUGUCCGCGUGAAGCUGAGCUGCGGCGCCAUUGCCGGCGAUCUUUCUGCCGACCUUCCCUUCAAGCUGGUGCACCCCGAUCCUGCCUCUGUCAAGGCACCACUGCGCAAGACUCAGUCUGCCGAUAUCGAAGUCGAGGAAUUUUCUCAGCUUCGCCGUGGUCAGUCCAUUGCUGAGGACUAA